AUGACAAAGCACUUGGAGAUCAUCAAUUUGUCAUUUUUGUUGGAACAUGAAAGGGAAGCAAUAUUGGGAGUAUUGAAGAGAGAUGAGUAUCUGAAGAAAGUUGAAGAUAAAAGGAUAAGGAAAUUGAAAAAUGAGCUUCUGGAAGUAAGAAGGAAAGGUGGAAGCCGUCACUGUCACCAGGACAGCAGCAGGGUGUGUGUUCGCUGUCAGAAAAGCCUGGGAUUGAUCUUUGACAGGGGAGACCUGUGCCAAACCUGUGAGCUGCGAGUCUGCGGCGCGUGUCGCGUUCUGGGACCCGAUGGGCAGUGGAAGUGCUCAGUGUGCGCCAAGAUCGCAGAGCUCCGGAUCGUAACAGGGGAAUGGUUUUUUGAAGAGAGAGCAAAGCGCUUCAAACAAUCAAAUCUUGGAACUGAUGUUGUCAGAGAAUCUAUCCUACGCAAAUUCCCAGAUACAGUGUCCAGUACAGAUGAAGAAAGAACAUUCAAGGAUCAGCCCCAAGAGAAUGAGGAAAAAAAGUCAGAUGUAUCAGCCUCCUCCACAAAUGGGCACAAAUCAGUCUUCAGCAGGCCUAGAAAGAUAGGGAAAGUAAUCAGGGCUGUUACCAAAGGAGAAAUUACUUACACAAAAGAUGAAGCUGAAACCCAUAGUCUGCAUAACAGCAAGUCAGCACCACGUUCUGAGAGGUGAGUGUCAUAUCAUAUUAGGGAGCACUCAGCAGAGGCCACUGCAGGACAUGUGAGAGGGGCUGUGGGUCCUGCAGGCAGAGGAGCUGUUUCCAUACCUUCCCUUCCCAGGUCUCCAGCACUCAGCACACGCAGCAUGACUGCAGACUACAGCAGGGACAUUGGCUUAGAAAAUGGCAUGAUUAUUCCAGCAAGUGAAAGUGUACCUGAAGAUUUAGUAAAGAAGCACUGUAGGAAAGCAUCUGGAACACCUUCCAUUGCCAUUUCUAGGGUAUCUUUGUCAUCAGACCACAGCCGAUCUGAGAUAGAUUUGAGUGAAUCUUUCUCUGAAGGUAAUGAGGAUACUCUGAGCACAAGAAGCAAGUCUGUACCUAGUGCCUUAGAUCAGGGACUGGAUUAUCUGGAUGAAACUGAAGAAGAUAUUGAUGACAUAGUGGCCUCUCGUUACUCAAGAAAACAGGAACAUAUCACAAGUGGAUUAUCAACAAACUCCCCAGAAAGCUCUGACAGAAAAUGGACAUAUUUAAAUGUGCCUGAAACAGAUGGUGAUACUACCAGCAUUAACAGCAUGUUGAGUGUAUACAGUGAGACUGGUGACUAUGGCAACGUGAAGGUCAGUGGGGAAAUCCUCCUCAGCAUCAGCUACAUCUACAAAACAGGUGCUCUCAACGUGCUGGUGAAGAGCUGCAGAAACCUGGCCAUUGCAGACGAGAGGAAGCAAAGGACUGACCCAUAUGUCAAAGCUUACCUUCUGCCUGAUAAGUCUCGUCAGAGUAAACGCAAGACCAAAAUCAAAAGUAACAGCACCAAUCCAGAAUUUAAUGAAACGCUGAAGUAUGUCAUCAGUCACACACAGCUGGAAACCAGGACCCUACAGCUUUCUGUCUGGCACUAUGACAGAUUUGGACGCAACAGUUUCCUUGGGGAAGUGGAAAUUCCAUUUGAUUCCUGGAACUUUGAAAAUCAAGGCGAUGAGUGGUUUGUGCUCCAGCCCAAGGUGGAGGUUACGACAGAUUUUGGACUUCAAUAUAAAGGAGAACUGACAGUUGUUUUACGUUACAUUCCCCCAGACAGAAACCUAAUGCUUCCUCUAGGGCAGUUUCAAGGAAAGAAGAGCUUUAAAAAAGGAAAAAGGGGAGAUACUCAUGUGCCAUCUGGAGGUAUAUUGGAAGUCCUCAUCAAAGAAGCAAAGAAUUUAACAGCAGUGAAAUCAGGAGGCACAUCUGACACUUUUGUGAAAGGGUACCUGCUCCCAGAUGACAGCAAAGCUACAAAACACAAAACUCCCAUAGUGAAAAAGAGUGUGAACCCUCAGUGGAAUCAUACCUUUGCUUUCAGUGGCUUGAAUUCCAGGGAUAUCCGUAAUGCCUGCCUAGAACUGACUGUGUGGGACAAGGAGUCACUCUCCAGUAAUAUUUUUUUGGGAGGUGUCCGUUUGAGCACUGGAAAUGGAGUAAGUAAUGGCAAGGAGGUUGACUGGAUGGACUCUCAAGGGGAAGAGCAGCAGCUCUGGCAGAAGAUGAUUGACAGCCCAGGAGCUCCCGUGGAGGGGAUACUGAUGCUGAGAUCCAGCAUGGGAAAACGCAGACUCUGA